AUGCAGCUUCAUAAUACCCUACAGUCCCUGCUGCUCCUAUUGGUCUCUUCGUCCGCUGUCUUGGGUGCUGUCAUUGAGGGCUAUGGCUUGUCACAGCGCUCGGAGGCGACCAGCGGAAAACUGGUGUUUGCCCAUUUCAUGAUUGGUAUCGUAUCUGAUAGGACCAGUGCCGCCGCUUUCGAUGACGACAUGAAGCGCGCAAAGUCCUACGGGAUUGAUGCUUUUGCCUUGAACAUUGGUACCGACCCUUACACCGAUACCCAAUUAGGAUAUGCGUACGAAUCAGCGGCCAACAAUGGCAUGAAAGUUUUCAUCUCCUUCGAUUUCAACUGGUGGAGCGCCUCCGACGCCACGGGUGUUGGUUCAAAGAUUGCCCAGUAUGCUUCGAAACCAGCGCAAUUGAAGAUUAACGGGAAAGUAUUUGUCUCUUCUUUCGCGGGUGAUGGCUUAAACAUUGAUCAGGUUCGCUCUACUGCAGGAGUGGAUCUCUUCAUGGCCCCCAACUUCCACCCUGGACAAGGAGACUUUUCUAAGUUAGAUGGCGCCUUGAAUUGGAUGGCAUGGCCCAAUGAUGGCCGAAAUAAGGCACCUGAAGGGGGCGUCGUCAUCUCUGUCAUUGAUGGAGACGAUUCUUACCUGUCAACUAUUGGCGAUAAGAGCCUUAUUUCCCCUGCGUCACCUUGGUUCUCCACUCAUUUUGGAGCUGAAGUUUCUUACAGCAAGAAUUGGGUGUUCCCUGGAGACUUCUUGUGGUACCAACGCUGGAAUGAUAUCCUUGCAUCGGCACCUCAGUUUGUCGAAAUCGAAACAUGGAACGAUUACGGGGAAUCUCACUAUAUCGGGCCACUUUCCUCCCCUCAUACCGAUGACGGAGGCUCCAAAUGGGUUAAUGACAUGCCUCAUUCGGGUUGGCUCGAAAUGUCGAAGCCUUUCAUUGCUGCGUACAAAGCAGGUUCUUCGUCGGUCUCCAACUACAUCACCGACGAAAAGCUCAUCUACUGGUAUCGUCCUACCCCGCGAGACAUUAACUGUGACGCCACGGAUACGACAAUGGGACCAGCUAACAACGCCAGCGGCAAUUACUUCAACGGUCGCCCGAACGGUUGGGAGACUCUGAGCGACAGCGUCUUCGUUGUGUCCCUUCUCAAAUCACCCGGUACUGUUACCGUAAACUCUGGGGGUACGCAUUACAGCUACGAUGCCCCUGCCGGUGCAGCCGCGUUUUCCGUACCCAUGGGCAUCGGUGCUCAAGCCUUUGGGCUAAACCGGAACGGUAGGACUGUGUUUAGCGAUACAAGUUUGAAGCAGAUUGUUUCAAACUGUAUUUGCGGCAUCUACAAUUUCAACGCCUAUGUCGGUACUGUCCCCGCCGGAGCGCCCGAUGCCCUUGGUUCAGAUGGCUUGGCUGCCUUCUCGAAUGGUCUCAAGGUUGCUUGUGCGGCUCAACCCUCGUUGCCUGCCAUGCCUCCCGCUACUGUUGCUAUUUUCGCAACCGGUACUCCUACGGCAGCCCCCACAUCCCAUGUAUAA